UUGGAUUAUACACCUUAAACCAAGGCUCAUAUCAAUCGAAGGGGUUGAAAUCCAGCGACAACUUGCACAUGGAGACCCAAUGUCACACGAGAUAUGUACUGCUAUCUUUCGGAGGCUUGCCCAACUGGACCAGUCUUGCUCUAAGGACACGCCUGGAACAUCUGGAGGAAGUACAUAGAGCCUGACUUUGCUACAACUGUUUUGUCGAACGCCGAUCCAUUGACUGUUCAAUCAAUCCGCACUGGGUUUCAGGAAGGAACAGGUCUUUGCAACCCAGCUUCAUGCCGAAUGUGGUUCAUCCCAGCAAUUCUUCCAGAUGGAUGGGCUGUAUAUUUAUUUGAUAUGAUGCGGAAACAAAUCAUUGUGUUAGACCCAGCAGUUGGCCCAUUUGGGUAUAGCAAUCGACGGGUCAGCAUGCACGAGUUUGUAAGCAACAAACUGCAUGCUGCCCUGUUCAACUGUCUACAUAGUUUCUUCAGUUCUUGGCACUGUGAUUCCACUAACUGGGGACGCACAUUCCCGAUCAUAAUGCGGGAAAAAAAUGAGAGAGAUGAAACUGGCUUGGGUGCUACUUUCUUUGCUAGGAAUUUCGACGGUGACAGGCUACAAAUCCCGCUGACCAAAGAGACGUUGGCAUCACACAGCAACCUCAUGUUUUACGAGCUGAUGCGGAUGCAAGGGAACCAAACCAAGGCGGCACACGAUUCACUCGAAGCAAUCAAAGGAACGUUCCUUGUUCUUUAGGGCAGCUAGAAAGACGAGCAGUUUCGAAACAGCAUCGGUUGAUGCUUUCCCUUAUUUAAGAACAUCAUUUGCGAGUCAUUCCCCCAACUAGAUGUAUUUUUUUACUACCUAAAUGAAGAAGACAAAACUGCACCUGAAUAAUUUUCUGGAUUUACCCACUUUC